GCGUUUGACAAAGCCAGCCACGACCCUGUUUGGUUGCACCGUUUUGGGACGAGUUCGAAUCGAUGGAGCACAGGACCUUUUGGUAGCAUUGGAGCCUAGUUUAGUCCCAGAACUUGAGGGCAAUGAUGUGGAGAUGAGCGCAGAGGAGAUGCGAAA